AGUUUCGCGCUAACGACGAAGGAGAAUGGAGUGAAACCUAUUACACAGAAUUCCAAAGCUCCUCUUGUACGCGGAAACAUAAACGUAAAGAUUUUUUAAAAAGAUAUACCAUAGAACGAUAUCAAUAAAUACAAUUUUUUCUGUGAAACGGGGAAAUUAUUGUUUAACUAGUGCUUCGAAAAUUCGUGAUAUGACAAAAAUGACGAAAAUUUUGAUAGAAAUAAAUGUACCUAGUGCUAUCCCCUGAAAAAAAUUAUUUAUUUUUGUAUAUCACAAAAAACUUUUUACCACAGAAGAGCUUCUUCAACGUCCUAUGUACAUCGGUGAGAUUUGGAUAAUGAAUUAUACUUCAAACUCUUAUGUAGAAGUUGAAAAUUCGACAAAUGACCGUGAUGAAAAAUUAGCCAGACUUGAAGUAGCAACCCUCGCGAUUAUUUUUCUUAUAACAGUGAUAGGAAACAGUAUAGUGCUACUAGCAUUAUGGAUAAGAAGAAGAUACACUGGAAGAAAAAAGUUAUCGAGAAUGUAUUUCUUUAUACUACACUUGAGCAUUGCCGAUCUAAUUACUGCAUUUCUAAGCGACUUGCCUCAACUCAGUUGGGAUGUUACUUAUAGAUUUAAAGGAGGAUCUUUUAUGUGCAAACUUGUGAAAUACGGACAAACCCUGGGACCCUAUCUUAGCUCGUAUGUAUUGAUGGCAACAGCUCUUGACAGGCACCAGGCUAUUUGCUACCCGUUGACCUACUGCUCUUGGACAUCUAGAAGAUCGAAGAUAAUGGUUUAUGCAGCAUGGGUUGUGAGUUUAACUUUCUGUAUUCCGCAGGUGACCAUAUUUUCCUUCAUCGAGGUCACACCAGACGUUUAUGAUUGCUGGGCAACAUUUCAACAAAAAUGGGGAGAAAGCACAUAUGUCAUCUGGUACAGCGUAUCCAUAUUCAUCAUUCCUCUGAUAGUUCUAGUUUAUACAUACAGCUGCAUUUGUAAAGAAAUAUGGCAAAAUUCUGAGUCCAGUUUAAGACCGUACAACAGUUACAAAACGACCACUCGCAAAAGAAAACCAUUAAUUUCUAGAGCAAAAAUAAAUACUGUGAAACAAACAAUUGCAGUUAUUGUUAUGUAUAUAAUCUGCUCAACGCCUUUUAUUGUUGGACAACUCUGGGCUAUUAGUGAUCCCAAUAAUCCAUUUUUGGAUGGUCCUGUAUUCACAAUACUCAUGCUAUUAUAUAGUCUAAAUAGCUGUGUUAAUCCAUGGAUAUACUUGGCCUUCAAUAAAGAACUUCCAAGAAUGCUACUCAAACAUUAUACCACUACGAGAAAAAAAUAUAGAGCAGCGGGCGCAGAGCAAAGCCCAAGCAACUCUUCCGGUGAAAUCCAGACAUCGGUACUACCAUUUUCGAGAUGGUCCCGGGUGAACAAUAGUGAACGAGUCGUGAAGUUCUCUGGUCGCUCCCUGAACCAUCGUUCCAAUUAUGGUCAAUACGUCGGCCGACAAUCGAUAGUGACGACCACAUGAUACGAUGGAAGUUUUUUCCGUCGAAAGAAAUGGUUUCAACAGUCAAUCUCUGAAGAAAUUAUAGAAAUUAAAUCGGUAGUAGAUGGUGAUAUUUCGGGAUCCUUUUUAGUGGAAUUAUCAGACCUCAACUAAAAGUUAUCAUCGAAUUUGUGAUAUGAAAUUAUGGUUUUUUUUAUUCAAUGAUAAAAAUUGUAAUAUAUUGUGAUUUUCUUA